AUGAUGAACCCCAAGGAGGAAAGUCACAUUGAGGACGUCCUACCUAAGGGCGCACGGGGUGGAGAUGUAGUGAACGUACUGAAGGAAUUCUUCUCGACACACAUUCCGCUAAGUGUCCAAAUGGUGAAACUGCAGAAGAGGGGGUGUAACGAACGAGCCCUAAAAAUGAUGAAAAACAAUAUGAACAAACUUAUAGACGAAUGCUUCUUUGUAUUGCACAGUAUUAUUAGCUGUACACUGAGAGGCGUUUUAAAGAUCGAGACGAUUGAAGAAGCACAGAGGUACCAUCUCAUUUACGUGUGGUUCAUUCCUGUUUGUGAAGGGGGCAGGAGCAGAAAAGAGGCGACCAAUUACUGUGAAGGGGCAACUAGGGAAGAGUUAGAUGAGCAGGGGGGGAAGGACCUAUGCCGAGCUACCUCCUACUACUCCUCUGAUUUUCUUCCAAAUGGGAAGGAGUCAGGAGGAACGAUGAUUACCAAGAUGGAAAAACUCUUCCCAUUCGGAGGGGUCUACCUAAGUGAGUGGAUCAUAACGGGAGUUAACAAAGCGUUGAGCAUGAUGCUUUGUUGUAGCGGUGGCGAUAGUGGUGGCGGCGAACACCAAGUGCCCCUCGAAAAUUGGUCAUUCAUCCUCGAUUUGAUCAAAUUUGUCUAUACCGAGGGGGAUAUCUUAUCCAACUACCUACGCGGACGGGGGCUAUGGCAAGCGGAGAAUGCACCACCGCCCCAGAGUGCCACCCACAUGGAAAAGCAUAGCAGUCACGUAAAAGCUAUUAAACAAAGGGAAAAUCACAUCGACACAGCAUUGGAAAAGUACCAUGAAGAUAUUCACAACAUUCUUAAGGCAUAUUUUACCCUCCCAUUUGUCCUAUUUAAGUGUAUAACCAAUGUAGGGGAAAAAAAAGGAGAUGACGAAAAGAGAAAGCUGUACAUUUAUCAGCAUAUCAUUCCAGGGGAAUUGAAUGACGAAGGAUUUUCUAAACAUGCUGUGAAGACUUGUGUCUUUUAUUGGUUGCAUGGAGACGAGGCUACAGUGAACUACGAAAAGAUGGCCCUCAUAACGAAGCGGGUGCUGAACUGCCAUUUGGUGAAUCCCUUUUGUCAGACAUUGCUUGGGGGGCUUCUGCUCAGGAGAGGGAGUGGCAAGGUUGAAGAAUUGAAAGAAGCAGACGAUAUGGUCAAAGUGGAAGAAGCGGACAAGGCGUCCGACUUGCGGGAAAGUUCAAAGGAGGGGCUAAAGUUAACCUGGAUGAACCAACUCCUGCAGAACCUCUUCUAUUACGUACACCUGUACUGCCAUGGGGAAUCUGGCGGAGAAAAGCUACUUGCCACCUUAAUCGAGAAUAUGAGUCCCUUUAUCAAAGUGGUUCAAAAUGAAAAGAAGCUGUCGUUAUGUUUAUUUAACCGAACGGUAAAGCAUCUUCUGUGUGUAAUUAUCAAUCUUACCUUUUUGUAUAAAUGGGAUUUCUACAUUUUGGAAAAAUUCUUCAGCAUCUUCUCCCGUAACUGUUUGCCGCUCAGUUUUUGCCUCACCUUCAUUGAGCUCAUAGCCGAUUUGAUGGGGCCCAAUUUGACAGCUUCUAGCUCCCUGUUUGCGAACGGCACACGGGAGAAAAAAGUGAUUCGCGAGAGAAGAAGUUACCGCACUGUUGUUAGCCAAGUGAAGAGCGAAGAAAAUCAAAGCACGUAUAGCUGUGCUACAGAUUGCGCGUUGGAUGAACGGAGCAGGGUCGGAAUAAUGGCGUUCGAUUUUUUACAAGAAAUGUUUUUCUUCGUCUUGGGACAGUUUUCCCCCAAUUGUGAAGAGAAAGCUGCUUCCACUUUUGUUCCCAUCAUUUUGAGCAAAUUACUCUACACAUUUAGCAUCCAUAUGAAGCUUAUAAAUAAAAAGCUUGUUGAGAGUUCGUACCACUUUGACACACUUUUCGAGGUGGAGUUACACAUAUACAAAUUGAAUUCCCAGAACAGUGCAAAACUAUUUGAAAGGAUUACGACAGUGGUGCGUGAAUUGUUUAAGCGCAAGGAUGAAGUGUCCUUGGUCGCUGGGCAAAUACUGGCUGACCAUUUCAGGCUCUACGUUGAUGCACUAUCCUACAAGGGGGAAAAGAAGCAUGUCCGGACCGAUAUAGAAAUGGGCAGUUGUGAAGACCCUAGGGAGGGAGAUAGUCUCUUCCCCAAUUUGCAACAGCCAGCAGAGUGCUUUCCAGAAGAACUGAGAUGCUUCAAAGUUAUUAGGCAGAGUGGGUUUGUCUACUUGGAGGAGCUUAUCCAGACGAGCGACCAGGAUGGAGGCAGCGAGGGUGACCAAUUGAACGACAAAUUGGGUGAUGAAUUAAAUGACAAAUGGGGUGCCAACUCGGAUGACAACUCGGGUGACACCUCCCAUGACAAAUCGAAUGACGAAGUGGACGCUCUGGUGGAGACCCUACAGGAACCACGCCCUGACGAAGGGAAGAAAAAAAGCGAAGACGACAUGCUGAUUCAAAACGCAGAUUCGUUAAUCGAAAACGAUCUGUACGAAAUCGAAGAGAAGCAGUUCCUAGUUGAGCUAGAAUUGGAAAACGAAUUCUACCUCAACGUAGAUCGGAACAAGCACAUGUAUACAGACCCACCGGAAGAUCUAUUUGAAUGUCUGCACAGAAUGAAAGUCAAAGCAAAUUAUAUCGAAAGAAAUGAGCAAGAUAUGAAUUAUGACCAUUUGAAAUUGAAUGACAAGAAGGAAACAUAUGAAGAGGAAAAUUUUCGCAUAUGUCAGGCAGUAGUGUCUUUGCCCAGGUUUAUUAAAAAGGGAGAUGUGUUAACCUAUUUGUGUGUAGAAUUAUAUGAAGCACUACUUUCGCUAAACCAUUCUAGUUGUGUGCUGCGAGAAGGGAAGAACCCCUUCGCCACGAUCAAACUGUUUGAUAUGAUCCUUCUUACCAUCAAUGCGCCAAUUGAGAUAUGCAAAUUUGUUUUUAAAAAUGUUUACUCGAAUAUGCACUCUAGUGUACAAAAGGUGGUGAUGCUGUUGUGUCUGCAGCAUUGCGUGGUGUUUCUUUCUGGUAACGCUACUCUGCGUGAAGUGUUUCAGAGCGCGCGAGACGUUACGGCGCAGAUGGGUCUGAGUGUGUCCGGAAAGAAGGCGAGCGAGGAAGCGAGUGAAGAAGGUAACCUCCGCGUUGAUCACCAAACCGACGUAGGAGACAUUUCGGAUAAAUUUUACCAUCUGAUUGAAAAUUUCCCAAGCAGAAGAAGUUCCCCAAAUGGUGAUGGAGACGCUGCUAACUAUGAUGAGGACGCCAUCCAUGUCGCUUCCGAACGGGUGUCGCUGCUCCCCCCGCCUGGUUCGCGCAGUAAGAGGGAAUUGGAUGACGCACAGGUGAGGGGGCAAUGCGUCUUGGCUGCUCAUGGCACGAAUGGAAAACAGGAGGAACAACUCCCAAGUGGAAGCACAGGAUGGGAGAGGAACACCCACCCGUUACCGUUGCGCAAGCCAAAUAGGGACAGACACGAGAGAAGCGAAAUUUGUGACCUGAGAGAAAAAGGAAGUAAUAACGCUCUCCUUAAAAGAAAGGAAGCCUCCAAGAUGAGCCCCCAAAAUAGUGUGAAAAGAACCAAGUUGAUGACCACCCUCUGUAGUUUCUUCUUCGCUAGUGCAUACACAAAACUGCUAGAAGUGAAUAUAAAAAAGGAAGCGAUGAGCAUAGAAUAUGACGAAUACAGAUUGAGAAAAUAUUAUUCAAAUGAUGCAUCCCUCGUCUUAUCUUUAAUCUCAACGUACAUGGCAUUUUUUACCAGCUCGUGCAACUGUAACUUGUAUAUAGACGACAUUUUGACUGAUGGAUUUACAUUAGCAAAUUUUUACAUUCGAAACAAAAAUUUCCUCGUUCGAAGAGUAAGUUUUAAGUUAUUAUUUCAUAUGAUAAAUUUUAUUUUAAAUAAAAAAAAGUUUUAUUUGUUGGAGCAUGCAAAUUACAUGGACGUGAUUAGUUACAUGUCGGAAAAUGUUGCCUUGGAUCAGGAUGGCCGAUCCGUACACCUGAUGCAGUGCAUCUUAGGUGUUCACGAAGCGCUUGUGGGGGUACUACAAGGAGGAAAAAAUGGGAAUAAGUGA